CAUCAUCCAAAUAUAUAAAUUAUUUAUAUAUAUAAAUUCAACUCUUCUUCAAGCUUUGGACUUUCAAUCAUCAUCAUCAUGCUUCGCAUGUUCUGCUACUUUUUCGUUCUGUGUGCUCUCUUUGUUGUUCUUCCUCAAUCACUUGUACUCCAUGGUUCGAGAGGAAUCAGAACCAAACAACCCCAUCUUGAUGAAUCCCUCAUAUACCUUUGGCCUUUACCAGCUGAAUUCACUUCAGGUGAUGAAGUUCUUUCAGUUGACCCUUCACUCAAACUUUCUGUAGCUGGAACUGGUGGUGCUGGUGCCUCUUACAUUGUUGAAGAAGCUUUUGAGAGGUACAAAAAGAUCAUAUUUGAGCACAGUGGUAGUGGUAAUGUUGGUGCAAGGCUUCGUUUUAAGAGGGUGUUGGUGGAAAGUAUCAUAUCUGAAUAUGAUGUUUCCCAAUUGAAGAUCACUGUCCAUUCAGACAAUGAUGAGCUUCAACUUGGAGUGGAUGAAAGCUAUACCUUGCAGGUUUCAAAAGUCAAGGAGGAUUCCAUUGCUGGGGAAGUCACAAUUGAGGCGAAUACUGUUUAUGGUGCAUUGCGCGGAAUAGAGACAUUCAGCCAAUUGUGUUCUUUUGAUUAUACAACUAAAACAGUACAAAUACACAAGGCACCUUGGGUCAUCCAUGAUCAACCUAGAUUUGCGUACCGCGGGCUUAUGUUGGAUACAUCAAGGCACUAUUUACCAGUUACUGUAAUUAAGCAGAUCAUUGACUCUAUGUCCUAUGCUAAAUUUAAUGUUCUGCAUUGGCACAUCAUAGAUGAAGAGUCAUUUCCUCUUGAGGUACCUUCAUAUCCAAAUUUGUGGAAUGGUUCAUACACAAAAUGGGAACGCUACACAGUAGAGGAUGCAUAUGAAAUUGUCAAUUUUGCCAAAAUGAGAGGCAUAAAUGUGAUGGCAGAAGUGGAUGUCCCUGGUCAUGCAGAAUCAUGGGGUGUCGGAUAUCCGGAUCUUUGGCCAUCACCUACCUGUAGGGAGCCACUAGAUGUUUCAAAGAAUUUCACUUUUGAUGUCUUUUCCGGUAUUCUGACAGAGUUGAGAAAGAUUUUCCCAUUUGAGCUAUUUCACUUGGGUGGUGACGAAGUUAAUACAGAUUGCUGGAGCAAAACUCCUCAUGUAAAACAAUGGCUCCAGACUAACAACUUGACUACAAAAGAUGGCUAUCAAUAUUUCGUACUGAAAGCGCAAGAAAUAGCCCUUUCGAAAAACUGGACCCCAGUGAACUGGGAAGAAACCUUCAAUGCAUUUCCAUCUAAGCUCAAUCCACAAACUAUAGUGCAUAACUGGUUGGGUCCCGGCGUUUGUCCGAAGGCUGUUGCGAAAGGUUUCAGGUGCAUUUUCAGUAACCAAGGAGUCUGGUAUCUUGACCAUCUAGAUGUGCCUUGGGACCAGGUCUAUACGGCCGAGCCGCUAGAAGGAAUAUACGACGCCUCCCAGCAAAAGCUUGUAAUCGGUGGAGAAGUAUGCAUGUGGGGUGAGACGGCUGAUACAUCCGAUAUUCAGCAAACAAUAUGGCCUCGAGCGGCCGCAGCUGCAGAACGCUUGUGGAGUCCAAGAGAGUCAACUCCUAAAGCAAAUAUUACCUCAACCACCUUGCCGCGGCUGCUAAACUUCAGAUGCCUGUUGAAUAGACGUGGGGUUGCCGCCGCUCCUGUCAGACACUUUUAUGCUAGACAGGCUCCGGACGGCGCAGGCUCCUGCUACAGUCAAUAAUGAGUCUAAAAGUAUCAAACAUCAAAGCCUUGGCAGCCAUGUUUGUUGUGUAUGUCAGGGCACCCUAGUGAGCUUAGCAACAGUGACAUCAUAAAUGAAAGAAGUUGAUGAAUUUUAACAAAGUAGUAUCCACUUCUUUUACCAUCUGUUUAUAAAAGCAAACUUCUUUUUAUUA